UUUUCUUCGCCACUUUAUCAUUCUCGUUUUUUUGCUCUCCGUUUUCCUGCUGGCUACAGUUUCGGUGAAACUGCACAGUGCACUGCACGCUACGAAUUAUUAUUUAUUUUCUAAAUUUUAUUUUCUUAUAUUUGGUCAUGGAAGGAGAACUUUAUCUUUAUCUUUUUCAUUUUUUUCUUUAAAUUGUCGGUGUGAUUCUGUGCCUGCGGUUCCAACUGUUGCUGUUUUUAGGAAUGAGAAACAUUUGGUUCAUUCCUUAGCACAUUGGAUAAUUUUACCAAGAUUAAUCGUGGUGGCGCUAAUCUGUGAUGCCUGAUUUCGAUUAAUUGGGAUCUAAUUUGGGCGAUAAAGACGGUUAGGCAUAAUAAACAAUCAUUACGAAAGCUCACUUUUAUCUUUUGAAGAAUAGAAAUGAAAAUGCCCACUAACUUGCUUUACUCUCAAGUUCGAGCAGUGAGUGGAGUGCAGUGGAGAGAAAAGAAUAUUAUGUGGCUUUUGAUAGUUAUGGUACACGGCUAUAGCAUGCGCCCACCUCCACAUUAGCCAAGUGCGGUGGUUGGUUUCGUUAGAUCUCGGAAAUCGCCGUUACAUAAAUACCACUUCAUUUCCAUCACUCCCACUCCAGCACACGCAGAAGCAGUGCCAUGCUGCUUCAAUGCGUUUCACCAAUUUAGUAAUUUCGUUCUAUCCACAUCCAAAACCUUACUACAACUCAAUCUCUUUUUACCACCCACAAUUACAUUUUCAUACGCACUACGCUACAAUGCACAGUUAUUAAGUUGCAUCCCGAGUUUGCGAUGGAUCGACGCUGGCCUUGGAAGAAAAAAUCAUCGGAGAAGGCUGUGAUUGAGAAAGCAGCUACUGCAUUGGAUUCCUCCGAUGCUUCCCACAACCAGGAUAACAAGAAACCUAACUACGUCCAAAUCUCUGUGGAAUCCUACACACAUCUGUCUAGCUUGGACGAUCAAGUGAAGACAUAUGAGGAAAAAGUUCAGGCACUGGAGGAUGAGGUCAAGGAAAUUAAUGAAAAGCUGUCCGCAGCAAACUCCGAGAUAAAUACCAAGGAAAGCAUGGUAAAGCAACAUGCUAAAGUUGCUGAAGAAGCUGUAUCAGGCUGGGAAAAGGCUGAAUCUGAGGCUUUGGCAUUGAAGAAUCAUCUAGAAUCUGUCACUCUUUUGAAACUCACUGCUGAGGAUCGUGCAACACAUUUAGAUGGCGCUCUUAAAGAGUGUAUGCGACAAAUCCGAAACCUUAAGGAAGAACAUGAUCUGAAAAUACAGGAAGUUGCUCUCUCAAAAACCAAGCAAUUAGACAAGAUUAAGGGGGAGCUCGAGGCAAAGAUAGCGAAUUUUGAACAGGAACUUCUUAGGUCUGCUGCUGAAAAUGGGGCCCUGUCAAGGUCAUUGCAGGAGCGCUCUAACAUGCUAAUCAAAUUAAGUGAAGAUAAGGCUCGUGCUGAGGCUGAAAUUGAGCUUCUUAAGGGCAACAUAGAAGCAUGUGAAAGGGAAAACAAUUCACUUAAAUAUGAACUACAUGUUGUUUCCAAAGAGCUUGAAAUUCGCAAUGAAGAAAAAAACAUGAGUCUGAGGUCUGCCGAAGCUGCUAACAAGCAGCAAAUGGAGGGUGUAAAAAAAAUUGCUAAGUUAGAGGCCGAGUGCCAAAGAUUACGAGGUCUCGUGAGGAAAAAGUUACCUGGUCCUGCUGCACUUGCACAGAUGAAGCUAGAAGUUGAAAGCCUGGGCCGAGAUUUUGGAGAAAGUCGAUUAAGGAAGUCCCCUGUGAAGCCUGCUUCCCCUAAUUUGUCUCCAUUACCCGAUUUCUCUCUGGAGAAUGUGCAGAAAUUCCAGAAGGAUAAUGAAUUUCUUACAGAGCGUUUAUUGGCAAUGGAAGAAGAAACAAAGAUGCUGAAAGAAGCUUUGGCUAAACGCAACAGUGAAUUGCAGGCCUCAAGGAGUAUGUGCGCUAAAACACUGAGCAAACUUCAAAGUUUGGAAGCACAGUCUCAGACAAGUAACCAGCUGAAAGGAUCUCCAACAUCCACCGUCCAGAUAACUCACGAAAGCAUUUAUAAUCAAAAUGCAAGCAGUGCACCAAGCUUGGUCUCCAUGUCCGAAGAUGGAAAUGACGAUGCAGUGAGCUGUGCUGAAUCUUGGUCUACAGCAAUAGUUCCUGGGCAUUCCCAAUUUCCUAAAGAAAAGUGCACUGAGGAAUCAAGCAAAUCUGAGGUCUCUAAUAAGUUGGAACUAAUGGAUGACUUCCUGGAGGUAGAGAAGUUGGCUCGUUUGUCAAAUGAUUCCAAUGCAGACGCCACUGUUUCAGUUUCUUCAAACAAUAAGACAACUGACACUGUGACUGAUGAUGUAUCAGAAGCCCGUAUUGGCAAAGAAGGUCCGUCUGAAAAAAAUGGCAAUUCAAAUCCACUGCCAAAUAAAGUGUCUUCUGAUGCUUUGAUGUCUGCCCCCGAUCCUCAAUCUGAUGCUAGUGGCUUGAUGUUAACAGAACUUAGAUCAAGAAUAUUGCUGGUUUUUGAGUCCUUAUCCAAGGAUGCUGACAUAGGAAAGAUUGUGGAGGGUAUUAAACAUGUGCUUGAAGAUUCGCAUCACAUUACUAUCCGCCACUCCGUGGAUGCCCAUCCUUCUGAUGCUACGUGUGAUAGGAAGGAUGAUCCUGAAGAUGCUGGCUUAAACCUUGAAAAGGACAUCAUUUCAUCCCAGCAACCCGGAGAACAUGUGCGUAUAACUUCAGAUUUGGAAGCUGCAAUUUGUCAGAUUCACGAAUUUGUACUGCUCCUUGGCAAGGAAGCAAUGACAUUUCAUGACAUCUCUUAUGACGGAAAUGAAAUGAGGCAAAAGAUUGAGGACUUCUCCGUCACAUUUGAUAAAAUAUUAAGCAACAAUGCAAGUUUGGUACAGUUUGUUCUUGACCUGUCCUAUGUUCUAGAUAAAGCAAGCGAGUUCAGAUUUAAUGUUCUCGGCUACAAGGGCACAGAAGUUGAAAGUAACAGUCCUGAUUGCAUAGAUAAGAUUGCUCUGCCUGAAAAUAAAUUAGUACAAGACAAUUCAUCUGGAGAAAGAUAUCAAACUGGCUGUUCCCAUAUUCUUAGUUCGUCUUCUAAUCCUGAGGUUCCCGACGACGGGAAUUUGGUCUCAGGUUUUAGAGUGGAUGCUGCAUCACAAAAACUGUCAAUGCAAAAGUUUGAAGAAUUGAAACUAGAGAAAGAAAAAGUAGUGACUGAUCUUUCAAAUUGUACUGAAACUCUUGAAAUAACCAAGUCUCAGUUGCUAGAGACUGAACAACUUCUAGCUGAAGUUAAAUCACAAUUGGCUUCUGCUAGAAAAUCAAACAGCUUGGCUGAGACGCAGCUAAAGUGUAUGGCAGAAUCGUACAAGUCUCUUGAAACACGUGCCCAGGACUUGGAAACUGAUGUGAACCGUCUGCAAAUUAAGAUAGAAUCUCUGGAGAAUGAACUUCAAGAUGAAAAGAAGGCUCAUGAAGCUGCUUUGACUCGGAGCAAGGAUCUAGAAGAGCAGUUACAAAGGAUUGAUUACUCGGCAGCUGAUGAUGACCACAAGACUUCGCAUGAUAGAGACUUGACAGCUGCUGCUGAAAAGCUAGCCGAGUGUCAGGAAACCAUACUUCUUCUGGGCAAGCAGUUAAAUGCUCUACGUCCACAAACUGAGUCAAUCGAUUCAUCGUACAGUAAGUUAAACCCGAAUGAUGAAGGAUUCACAGAAGAUGAACCCACCACCAAUGGUCCAAAAUUUCAAGAAUUAGGGCAGAUGGAGAUGGACCAUGCUGCUUCUGCUUUUGUUCAAAGAUUGAGUUCGGAGUCUCCGUUACAUUUUUCCAACAGUUUAUUUAGCCCUUCGGACAGCGAGUCCACCCUUCCAGCCAGAUCCCCAGUACAGCAUUCUAAAUCAAAACCAAAACACAGACCCACCAAAUCAGCCUCUUCUUCAGUUUCUUCUGCCACUACACCCGAGAAGCAUGCAAGGGGAUUCAGUAGAUUCUUUUCACCAAAAGGAAAAUCCGGUCAUUAAGCUUUGCGCAGGUUCUAUUUGAAUUCAUAACGACUAAGCCACUUGGUGGUGACUUAUGCAAAGCACCGAGGUCCAAACCCUUAUUGUUUGACAGAAUUGAGAUUUGGGGAGGUUUGUGUAAUUAAUUAAGGAGGGGAUACCGUGAGUGCCAGGUGAUUUUUGUAUGUAUGGUUGUACCAUAAGUUUUCUUUCUUUGCUUUCCAUUGUUUUGCCCCUCUGUUCUGUAAUUUAAUUAGCAAAGGACAAACCUGAACAUAGUAUCUGAACUUUACAGGAUAUGUUGAAUAUGUUGUAUUUCACAAAUUUAUCCAUACCAUAAUUCUUUCACAAGCAAGAUUCAAUGGUU